UCUCGAGGGAGGGAGGAGGGGGGUGAGAGGGAGUGGGGGAGGGAGGGAUCUAUGGAUGGUGGGGGUGGUGGAGGGGGUAGCGAGUAGUGGGUGAUGAGGGGAGGGGCUGGGGGAGGGAGCGGCAGGAGUGGGGGUGACAUCACCCCCCCCCCUACCACUCGCGUCCCCGCUGGCCGCUCUAUAAAAGCGCGCGCAUCGCCACGGUCCUUCAGAAGCAGCGCCUCUCCUCGAUUCUCUCCGACUCCUCCGACUCCUCAUCGAGUCCGCGAAGUCUUCGUGUAGCUCCCUCCACCACCACCACCACCGUCUCCACAGUGCACCGAGAAACUCUCUCGCGUCUUUAACAUUCUCGAGUCUCCGCGUCUCUUCGGAUCACUGAAGUUCUCCUCCGCCGCCGCGAGUCACCGACGAGUCCCGCCAUGCAUCCCUCGCCUCGUCUCUCCGUCGUCUGGGCCACUGCCGCCGCGGUGCUCCUCGCAGUCGUGACGCUCGGGCCGGUGGCGGCCGCGCCGCCCCGGGACGCGAGACACGCGCUCCAGGUGCUCAGCGAGAUCCUGGACGGAGACUCCUCCGCGGGAGCCGAUGGAGGCGCGGCCUCCUCCUCCUCUCUCGGCGGCGAUCUUGGCGACACGGACGAGGAGCUGGGAGAUCUCGUGGGGGGCCUGGUCAGUGAGCUGGGGGGCACGGGGGCAGGGCUGCCCCCACCGCGGGCGUCGCGGGACCUGGCGGGCGGGGAGCUGGAGCCCGUGUCGAGCGGCGUGUGGCUGCGUCUCUUCAACGACUUCGUGAGCAACCAACGGCGCUUCAAGGGCCGCACGAAGAAGGGGCCCGGCAAGGGCUGCUUCGGCGGAAAGCUCGACCGCAUCGGGGCCCUCAGCGGCCUCGGCUGCUAGAGCCGCGACUCGAACCACCACCCCCCUCGCCCCGCAACCUCCGCCAAGUCGCCCGACGGUUCACGGCUCGGACCGCAACUCGAGUCACAUGACCAAGCCGCCUCCCGCAACUCCGCGACACCUGGCCCCGCCCCCUCGCUCACCUGGCCCCGCCCCCUCGCUCACCUGGCCCCGCCCCCUCGCUCACCUGGCCCCGCCCCCUCGCUCACCUGGCCCAACAACCCUCGCUCACCUGGCCCCGCCCCCUCGCUCACCUGGCCCCGCCCCCUCGCUCACCUGGCCCCGCCCCCUCGCUCACCUGGCCCCGCCCCCUCGCGUUUACAUGCGUCGCCCGGCGUGUACAGUGCUCAGAUGUAUUUAUUUGCUGUAUUUAUAUUUGGUUGUUGAGUUGUUUCUCCUGCGCCCCGUGUCGAGUCUUAUUUAUAUGAUUGUGUAUAUAGACGCCCCCGUGCAGUAGGCAACCCGUACGCACCGCUACGCUGUGUUCCGUAGGACGUAUCUUAAAUAAAGUCUCCUGUACUGCUGCUGAUGAU